AAUGUUCGGGAUUGUCCGAAGUUUGCCGAAAUGAAAACACUUUUUGCUUUACCCGUGUUUCUCUUUCUGCUCUUUGUCUGUCACCACAGCAGAGCAUGUGCAGGAACCAGAGGUGGAAGUGGAGACAGAUUCGACACGAGGAGCCGUCGGUCUACACCACGGCUUUGACUUGAAGUCUCUCUCAAAACGAAAUCUCGUUCAUCUCAGCAAUGUCGAAGACGAAAUACUUAUGGGUGAAAUUGAUCUAUGGUCGGGUAAACGAAGCCUCGCUCCUAAUUCUCAGCGACCAAAGCGUUUCUGGUCUAUCGUUGCCCGUGGAGCCUGGACAGCUGGCCGAGCUCUCUUUAGGUCUUCAACACUUACAAAGAUUUCCAGGGGCGCCAAAAACAGGUUGACAAAACAGUACUUCAGAAGAGGUAAUUUCAGAACGGCUUUGAGGGACUACAAGCGCAUGAAUAUACAAGGCAGUCGAAGAUUUACUGAAAGGAAUGGUGUGAGAGGAUACACAGGUCGAAUGGGUAACCACAAGGUCACGGUUCGUAACUCGAGUACGAACGGAAAACCGACCCUCGAUAUCAGAUCAAAGAAUGGAAAAACAGUCCGCAAAUUCAGAUACCACAACUAGACCACUGCCACAGGGGCGGAUCCAGAAACUAUAAAGAGUAAAGUAGACAUUUCGAGAUUGCCGUUUUUGUCAAGUGCGGAAGGAAAACAAAAUAAUACCAUACUGCAUUUAAAAGUUUAUCAAUUUGAUGUAAUUAAUGGGAAAAUUAAAUUCAAUAUUGUCGUUGUAUCAGUAUAUUAAAUAUAAUUUGCCAUAUGUGCUUUAUUUAUACACGUGUCAUUUAUUUCAUUUUAUUUUAUUUAUUUUAUUAUUAUUUUGUUUAAUAUUUAUUUAUUUUUAUUUAUUUAUCUAUUUAGUUUAAUAGUAAAAUAAAUGGUGAAGCGUCUCCUUCCUUUCUCUGGAUCCACCCAUGUCCUUACUAUAUUUGAAUAAAUGAUCUCGUUGAACAUA